UAUGUGAGAUAAUAGGCGGCAUGGAACCCAUUGCAACGGAGCCAAAUGCAAAUGAUUGUAGUGGUUCAAUCGAUAAUUUUAUGUUUCAAGUCCUGAUGAUGGUUGGUGGCGUUUUUAUUUUCGUUUUCGUCAUUUUCGCUUACACCAUCGACAUAGUUGGCAAAGUUAAUUUAUUAAUAAUAUGGCUCGUCAUUUGCUGCGUCUGUGCUGUCAUUACACAUUGGCUUUCCGAGUUUGCAGCUGUCGUUAUUGCCUUGACUUUGUUAAUGAGCAUUGGUAAUUGCAGCGGCAUCAUAAGUACACUCUCGGUUGAGUUCUAUCCGACGGAGAUCAAUGCGAUGGGCAUGUGCUUCGCCAUGAUGAUUGGUCGCUUAGGUUCUGUUGCAGGCGGAAAUCUUAUUGGCUUGUUUUUGUUAAAAUUCUGCGACAUAGUAUUUUGGGCUAUUGUCGGUAUUAUCACAACGCUAAUGGCCCUAGCAACUGUACUGCCAGAGAAGAAGCGUGAGAAGAAGUGACAAAUGUUGUUGACGAAUUGAGCAAGUAUUCGAGAUUAAAAUAAAUAAUAAUUAUUUAGUAAAGAUUUUUAAAUGUGUCACUGCGAGCCAACAAA